AUGGGAUUUGAAUGUGUAGGAAAGUACAAACGAUAGUGCGGGCUAAUGCCCAGAGGAAAGUGCGGGAGAUGCAACUCCCCACGGAAGGAUAAAACAGGGGACAGGAUCUAGCAGCGCUUGCUUAAGCAGCUGAUCCUGGCCCCAUCCUAGUCAGUCCUCUACCUUCCCUUGGCAACAGCUACUGCAGUGUUCCAAACGAGUUAAUAACAAGACGCCGCUGAUGUGGCAAACGGGUCUCAGCCCGACCUCCAAGACGUGGUGAGCUGCCUCCUCGUGGCGAUGCGGGCGGCCACCAUGAACGCAACGUCUCCGGUGGUGUGGCCCGGCUGCACCGUGGCGGCUCCAGCAUCUUCGGCGUUCCAGCAGCCCAAGGCUGGCCGCAUCAAGGCCAAGCCGGCCCAGCGCACCGUGCGAGAGAGUAGUUCGGGCGAGGGGUCCGACUGGAGCUCGAGGGGAACGUCUCGUCGCCCCCCGGAGCCACCUUCAUCGGUGGGCGAUGGCCGGGCACGGCAGCAGGCCAAGCGCCACACGAGCGGGACUCGUGGCAGUGGAGGCGGAUCGGGCUCAGGUUCAGACCGGAUUCUCACCCGGAAGCACGGCGCUCGGAAGGGUCCUUCUUCCAGGCAACUAGUGAAAGGGAGCUUGGAUGGAGGAACCCCUGGACCAGACGCUUUCCAGCUACCGUUGCGCCACCUGGCGGAGCAAUUUGACGUCGGAGACCGCCAAGAGUCGUUUUUGCGGCUGCAACAAAGGUGUAGCAGAUGGUACUCCUUUCGCGGACUAUCUUCGGGCUUUCCGCUUGUAAGUUUCGUCUGUGACUGGCUCUGAGCGUACUUUGGCCCCUAGUGUAUCCAUGGUUCUCGAAAUAGUGCGAAACUCGGUCGACAAGCAAUUUCCGAGUCUGUCUCUGCUUUUGUACCCGGGUGCUUUGGCCACUGCGGUCAACCCCUUUGAGUCAAUUGCGGUUAUGUGGGCGGCGUUCGUGCCUUUGGCGACUAAUAAAACCCCGGCUAUCGGUGGUUCAUCUUAUUUCUCGUUGACUUCGACGCGUGGCUCUCCGCAGCCUCGGCGGUCUAACCACCGCGCCCCUGCGUCUUCGGGCCGAUGGGCAUCCGGCUCCGCACAGCACCCUGUAGUUUUGCCCGUGCAACCUCAAGUCGCGGAUCCUUCCACGCACAACUACAACUCGUGGCCUGCUUCGCAAGCCGAUUGGUCUGAUGUAUACGCCUUCACCGCUAAUUUUCGAAAC